CGAUUGCCACUGUCUUUUCCGUCAGUUCGUGUACGACACAGAAAGACGGAUUACGGGCUUUCUCGGUGCUCAGGUUUCAAUUUUUCAUCAAAUUUUCCAGAAUAUCAGAAAGACAUUUAGUUAAAGAGAGAGGGACUUGGAAGAAAGCAAAGAUGCAGGUCCUGUUAGUUCUAUUAGGACUACUGGGGACUUCAUCUGAUAUACAGCUGUUAGUUCAUGGCUGGAGAAGGACGGACAGCGGUUUCGUUGUUCCAGAUCCUCAGGAUUUGAACGCCACAGCCAUCAACAAUCCAGUGAACAUGCUGAACACUUUAUCUGUGGAAGCUGUGAAUAACGGAACAGAUGUCAAAAUUUUUAGGGAAGGAUCACAAGUAAUUACCAGAAGGUACUGGUAUCCAAAUCUUGUAAUAGAAGUCUUGAUGCAAUCUCCAGCAACUACUGCAUCUACAACACCUUCACCUACACCUACAGACUUCAUAACCCAGACCAUCUCAGUUCUGACAAUGGGCAGCACAAAAACACCCUCUACUGAAGAGUCAAGACCAUCACAAACUUCUACUGCCCCCUACAGUACACCUGAAGGACCUAGAUCAAUAAGCACAAUGCCAGCUACUUCAACACAGGAAGCUAUGGCUACGACAGAUGUUGUAACACAGGAAGUGGCCGUUACCACAAAUGUUGUAACACAGGAAGCUACGGCUACGACAGAUGUUGUAGCACAGGAAGUGACACUUACCACAAAUGCUGUAACACAGGAAGUGCCAGUUACCACAAAUGCUGUAACACAGGAAGUGCCAGUAACCACAAAUGCUGUUACACAGGAAGGGACAGUUACAACAAAUGCUGUAACACAGGAAGUAGCAGUUACAACAGAUGUUGUAACACAGGAAGUGCCAGUUACCACAAAUGCUGUAACACAGGAAGUGCCAGUAACCACAAAUGCUGUUACACAGGAAGGGACAGUUACAACUAAUGCUGUAACACAGGAAGUGACAGUUACCACAAAUGCUGUUACACAGGAAGUGACAGUUACAACAAAUGCUGUAACACAGGAAGGGACAGUUACAACAAAUGCUGUAACACAGGAAGUGCCAAAUACAACAAAUGUUGUAACACAGGAAGUGCCAGUUACCACAAAUGCUGUAACACAGGAAGUGCCAUUUACCACAAAUGUUGUAUCACAGGAAGUGCCAGUAACCACAAAUGCUGUAUCACAGGAAGUGCCAAAUACAACAAAUGCUGUAACACAGGAAGUGCCAGUAACCACAAAUGCUGUUACACAGGAAGGGUCAGUUACAACAAAUGCUGUAACACAGGAAGUGCCAUUAACCACAAAUGUUGUAACACAGGAAGUGCCAGUUACCACAAAUGUUGUAACACAGGAAGUGCCAGUUACCACAAAUGUUGUAACACAGGAAGUGCCAAAUACAACAAAUGUUGUAACACAGGAAGUGCCAGUUACAACAAAUGUUGUAACACAGGAAGUUCCAAAUGCAACAAAUGCUGUAACACAGGAAGUGCAAGCUACCACAAAUGUUGUAACACAGGAAGUUCCAAAUGCAACAAAUGCUGUAACACAGGAAGUGCAAGCUACCACAAAUGUUGUAACACAGGAAGUGCCAGCUAUGUCGACAGCUUUAAUAACAAAUUCAAUAACAACUACAUCUCCAACCCAGAAAGCUACAACAGCUGUGAAAGAAUCACACACAACUGCUCCAUUCAUUUCAGUACCAGAGAACACAGCAAUCAAAACUCCAGACACAACAACUGAAACACCAAGCAUAAAUACAGCCAUCAAACCAACAACAUCAACAACAACUGAAACACCAAGCAUAAAUACAGCCAUCAAACCAACAACAUCAACAACAACUGAAACACCAAGCAUAAAUACAGCCAUCAAACCAACAACAUCAACAACAACUGAAACACCAAGCAUAAAUACAGCCAUCAAACCAACAUCAACAACAACUGAAACACCAAGUGUAAAUACAGCCAUCAAACCAACAACAUCAACAACAACUGAAACACCAAGUGUAAAUACAGCCAUCAAACCAACAUCAACAACAACUGAAACACCAAGUGUAAAUACAGCCAUCAAACCAACAUCAACAACAACUGAAACACCAAGUGUAAAUACAGCCAUCAAACCAACAUCAACAACAACUGAAACACCAAGCAUAAAUACAGCCAUCAAACCAACAACAACAACAACUGAAACACCAAGCAUAAAUACAGCCAUCAAACCAACAACAUCAACAACAACUGAAACACCAAGCAUAAAUACAGCCAUCAAACCAACAUCAACAACAACUGAAACACCAAGCAUAAAUACAGCCAUCAAACCAACAUCAACAACAACUGAAACACCAAGUGUAAAUACAGCUAACAAAAAAACAACAACAACUGAAACACCAAGCAUAAAUACAGCCAUCAAACCAACAACAUCAACAACAACUGAAACACCAAGUGUAAAUACAGCUACCAAAACAACAACAACUGAAACACCAAGCGUAAAUACAGCUACCAAAACAACAACAACUGAAACACCAAGCGUAAAUACAGCUACCAAAACAACAACAACAACUGAAACACCAAGCGUAAAUACAGCUACCAAAACAACAACAACAACUGAAACACCAAGCGUAAAUACAGCUACCAAAACAACAACAACAACUGAAACACCAAGCGUAAAUACAGCUAACAAAACAACAACAACUGAAACACCAAGCGUAAAUACAGCUAACAAAACAACAACAACAACUGAAACACCAAGCGUAAAUACAGCUAACAAAACAACAACAACAACUGAAACACCAAGCGUAAAUACAGCUAACAAAACAACAACAACUGAAACACCAAGCGUAAAUACAGCUAACAAAACAACAACUGAAACACCAAGCAUAAAUACAGCUAACAAAACAACAACAACUGAAACACCAAGCGUAAAUACAGCUAACAAAACAACAACAACAACUGAAACACCAAGCGUAAAUACAGCUAACAAAACAACAACAACUGAAACACCAAGUGUAAAUACAGCUAACAAAACAACAACAACUGAAAAACCAAGUGUAAAUACAGCUAACAAAACAACAACAACAACUGAAACACCAAGCGUAAAUACAGCUAACAAAACAACAACAACUGAAAAACCAAGCGUAAAUACAGCUAACAAAACAACAACUGAAAAACCAAGCGUAAAUACAGCUAACAAAACAACAACAACUGAAACACCAAGCAUAAAUACAGCUAACAAAACAACAACAACUGAAACACCAAGCGUAAAUACAGCUAACAAAACAACAACAACUGAAACACCAAGCGUAAAUACAGCUAACAAAACAACAACAACAACUGAAACACCAAGCGUAAAUACAGCUAACAAAACAACAACAACUGAAACACCAAGUGUAAAUACAGCUAACAAAACAACAACAACUGAAAAACCAAGUGUAAAUACAGCUAACAAAACAACAACAACAACUGAAACACCAAGCGUAAAUACAGCUAACAAAACAACAACAACUGAAAAACCAAGCGUAAAUACAGCUAACAAAACAACAACAACUGAAAAACCAAGCGUAAAUACAGCUAACAAAACAACAACAACUGAAAAACCAAGCGUAAAUACAGCUAACAAAACAACAACAACUGAAAAACCAAGCGUAAAUACAGCUAACAAAACAACAACAACUGAAACACCAAGUGUAAAUACAGCUAACAAAACAACAACAACUGAAACACCAAGCGUAAAUACAGCUAACAAAACAACAACAACUGAAAAACCAAGUGUAAAUACAGCUAACAAAACAACAACAACUGAAAAACCAAGCGUAAAUACAGCUAACAAAACAACAACUGAAAAACCAAGCGUAAAUACAGCUAACAAAACAACAACAACACCUGAAACACCAAGCGUAAAUACAGCUAACAAAACAACAACAACUGAAAAACCAAGCGUAAAUACAGCUAACAAAACAACAACAACUGAAAAACCAAGCGUAAAUACAGCUAACAAAACAACAACUACUACUACAACAACAACAACAACUACUGCCACAACUACUACAUCUCCUACAGAAACAGUAUACAUCAUAGAGGUUCUCAGAUUCACUCUUGACAUGACGUUCAACACAGACCUUGCAAAUCCUUUUUCAGCUGCUUUCCUAACACUUGCUAGAUGGAUUGAAGAACAGCUUAAUAUAAUAUUUAAAAUCAAAUACAGCAAACACUACAGCCAUUGCAAAGUCAACAGGCUUGAGAGAGGAUCUGUGAAAGUCAAUGCAACAUUGUUCUUUAUUGAAACAAUUCCUACCGAUACGGAAAUAGAAAAUACUCUGAUUUCUGCCUGGGAAAGUAACUCUACCAGCUUGCUUCUAAUAAAUGGAUCUGUUGUAGCUGGACAAGGUGGCUCAUCUAGCAGCUCUCCAAGUACAGCCUUCUUUACUACAUUGACCCUCCUUCUCACAUGUGUACUUUUAGCAUUACAAACCCUGGGAUUAAUAUAGUCCACAGGGUGUUUAUAGCUCUACUGAUGAUCAAGAUGAUAACAAAUAAAGCCUAUUUAAAUUCAAACAGUUAUAAAGAAACACUAUAUAUUUUUUUUUAAAUCUCUUUAGAAAGUUUAUAUUAGUUCAAACUUACUGUGUAAAUUGCCCUGUAAUGUCUAUUGGGUAGAUUUUAGGGAUUACUCUUGUAUCUAUGUAUCUUUGUUUAUAUUUAUUCUUCAUGCUAAGUGUAGCCUUGUCAUUGUUUAUGAUGUGCUUAACUUACUUGACACCUUGUAUUUAUGAGACAGCAGUUUCAUUCAGUGGUACCUAGUAUGACAUAAUGUUUAGGUAGGUGUGGCCAGGUUGGUGUAAUCUUGUAUUUCUGCUGUAACACUGUGUAAUCAUUUUACGGAGUGAAUAGAGCAUAAAUGUUAUUGAGUCAGUGUUUCAUUAAGAUGAUUCACUUCAUUACUUAUGUUGUGUCUGGCACUGGAAAGGAGAAUCCUUCAUCGUGAUGGUAGGAGAAUGCUGCACAAAACCAUCAGCCUGCAUCCCCUUUUUUCUAUUAUGUACAACUGAUAACAUUUCUUUAAGAGUUAGCAACUCCACACAUCUGUUCAGAUUAUUAGUUAUCAGUUAUUAAUGCAGACAGAAAGCAGGAACUCCAGCAAUACUUGCAUCAGUGUAACUAAAAGGGAAAGCCAGAAAGUAAACCAGACAUGACAAUGCCAUGAGAUAUACAGCAGCCUUUUAUACAGGCAUCCAACGUUGUUUUUUUAUGACUUCACAUGUUGAGAAAUUACAUCAUUAUAACUUGCAAAUUAUCACUUACAAAGCACUAAGAACACAGUAUUACUACUUAAACUUAUACUUAAACACUACUUAAAACAAGGCUGAUAUUAAUUACUACGAUUAAUAAUAAAAAGAUAUGUGCUGUAAUUUAUGAUGUGUGGUCUUGUUUAGAAUAAUGAUCUAUGGGGUAAAAAAGACUUCUACAUAGGCAGUAGAUUGUUACUGUAUUCAUGGUGCCUUUUAAGUGGUAACUGGAAAGUUGCUCUGAGAACAAUGUCACAAAACAAUCAGAUCAGUGGUUGGAGUGGUUUACUCCCUUUCAAGAGACAGAACUAAUUUCACAAAUGUCCUCAUAAAAUCAUCAGCUUGUGCACUAGGUCCCUUACAUAUACAUUUCUUCAAACAGAUAAUAACUCAAAACAUCUAAAAUAAUCAUCUUUCACCUUAGCACUGGCUAUGUACCUAAAUCCUUUAAGCUAGCAGUUAUCAAUUCACUGAUUAAAAACCUGACCUCAACCCCUGUCAACUGUCCAACUAUAGUGAAUAUCAAACCUCCCCUUUAUAACCAUGAUCCUAGAAAAGGUUGUAGCACAUCAGUUAUGUUCAGACCUACAUAGGAAUAACACUCCUGAAGUGUAUUAGUCAUGAUAUAGGCCUCAUCAUAGCACAGAGACAGCAUUGGUUAAAGUGGUAAAUGACCUGUUACUGGCCUCUGAUCAGGGUUGUGUCUCCUUGCUGGUGUUUGACUUGAGUGCAGCUUUUAACACCAUAGAACUUAACAUUAGAACUCUGAUGAUGCUCUUCCUGGGAGACCUGCCAAGACUGAGCUGCAGUAGUCCAGGGUCAAUAUGACAAGGGAAUUAACAAGUUCCUGAGUCUCCUCUGUGAACAGAAAUGGACAAAACCUCCAGGUGUUGUAAAGGAGAGACCUACAUGAGUGUGUCAAUUGAGCAGUGCGAAUGGUGAUUCUCCAUGGUUACCCUAUUCUGACAAACUAAAUGGCUACUUUAAUGUAUGUAUUCCGACACAUAUUCAUAUAAAUAAAUAAACAG